AUAAUCUGCGCCCACUGUGCCAACCGCUGUCGGUCGCGGACUCACAUUUCUCGGCCAUCGAGGAGGACGGAAUUUACAUACUGAAGGUGUUACCGUAUUGACCGUGCCUAAAACACUCCAAAAUUGCAGCGAACAACGUUAUAAGGCAUGGACUUUUCCUGUCAGACAUCACAACCACAAAAUUUGGGAAAGUUUGAUAGUGGUGUACUUCCUGACCGUGAUCAUUCAUACAACACUACGAACUGGGAGGGCCUGGAUUCAAACAGCUGUGACAGUAGCGACACCGCAACGGCAGCAAAGGUUCUGCUCAGUUUCAACCAAGAAAUUGUAAGGCAUGACAAGUCGUCUGCGGGUGGAAAUACUGAUUUCAAUCCCUCUCAAAGGACGUUUAAGAGUGUAGGGACAGAAACAGACCUCAACAGUGUUUGCGACAAAAAGACCUUGGUUGGGUUACUGCAAUGGGCGUUAUCUCUUUGCACACAAGAUAAUACAACUAGUAAUUCUACUCAAACAGUGCCCGAAACUGACUUUAUCAGUUUUCAAUCCAAAUUUCAUGACCAAGAUGUUGUAGGAGAGCCAGAUAAUGAUCUGAGCUUAAAGGUUUCAAAUGUCAGAUCUCUUACCCAAUCUGAUGUGUCUGUACAAGCCAUUCAGGACAGGACAGAAGGAAAUACUAAAGAUGAGCCCGUCUUUGAAAGAAAGUGUGACACAGACGUACAAAAUCUUUCCAACAGAGUAAAAGUCUUUCAGCUUUAUGCUCUGCCAAAUAUUACAAACCUCAAAGUCUUGCCACAGGUCCCCGUUAUCAACCAAAAAUCUGAGAACAGCGAUAACAACAUUGCAAAGAAAAGAAAGUUAAAGGGGAAAGAGAGUUCAAAUAAACAAAUCAAAGUGAAGAGUGACAAGCCUGUUCCUCUGCGCCCGAAACCCCCUACUUUCAUAUUUCACAAUUAUGGUGAGUGUGGUACACAGAGCAGCCCAACAAAUGCUCCAAGCAUUCCCUCGCCAUGCGAACCUCCGGAAAAAAGCACUGCAGAAGCGAAUACUUCACCAAAUGAAGGAACGCCAAAGAUAGAGUCCGUCUUCUCCCUGCAAUUGAUUCCUGCAGAUAAAGCGGAAAAUAUUACUUACGUGUGUAAAUCAUGUGGAGAGCAGUUCAAGAAGAAGUUUUUACUUGAUAUUCACCUACGCUCGCACGCUCUGUCAGGCGAAGUUGCAACUUCAAAUGCUGCCAAUACGACAAUGCCUAGUGCGACAGGAAUGAAGUUUAUUUGUGGUCAGUGUGGUAAAGUAUUUAGAGACAAGAGAUUUUUAGAUAUCCAUAUGCAUACGCAUGCGAAGAGUCAAGUCUGGCAUCAAAUACAAGCCCGUGUAGCCGCUAGGGCAAAGGCAGCGAACGAUAAACAGAAACCUUCCCUUACAGAGGACAAGGCAACCCCGUGUGCGGAGACACCUGUCAAGGACACCAUACAGAACGAAAAGCUGAUAUCACCAAAAACAGAGGCUGAUGAACCAACAGGGAAUGAAGUAUCUUGUGAUAAAUGUGGAAAGCUCUUUAAAGAUAAACGCUUUUUAGAUGUCCACUUGUUGUGCACACACUUAGAGGACGAAAAUAAUGAAGCAGCCAACUCAACUGAGUUAACCGAAGAUGGCUCAGAAAAAUUACUGUAUAAAAUACCUUGUGAAAAGUGUGGGAAGCUCUUUAAGGAAAGGCGCUUUCUGGUGGAUCACAUGUACCUCCAUGCCGAGGAGGAGGAUAACAUGGUAGAGACAGAGCCAGGAGGCUCCAUAAGCAAAAGGCCUAGGAUCGCAUGCAAUGUCUGCUUUAAGCAGUUCAAAGAACAAUGCUACCUUGAUGUUCACAUGGUGUCACAUUUAGAAUUAGAGCCUGAAGUUCCAAUGGACGAUGAUUCCCCCUCGACGCCCAUAGAGGGUGGUGUUGCUUGUGAAAGGUGUGGAAAGGAAUUCAAGGAGCAAAGGCUUCUGGAUUUACACAUGAGGCUUCACAAUGAGGACAGGCCCUUCCCCUGCAAAAUCUGCGACAAGCGUUUUACUCAGCGAGGUAAUCUUGCAAGACACAUGCUUAUCCAUUUAAAACUGAAACCAUACGAGUGCUCUAUCUGUAAAAGGCGAUUCAGGCAGAAAGCCUACCUUAGAGAACACAUGAACUUCCAUUCCGGUGAGAAACCCUAUCAGUGCCCCAAAUGUGAUUCACGUUUCACAUUCCAUGGUACUCUAAGAAAACACUUGACAAGGAUUCACAAACGCCCUGAAGGUGAACAAAUGGAAGACCAACACAACGACGAGAAUAGCCUUGGCGCCACAAGCCUUGGGGAUGAAGAAGAACAACUUCUGAAAGACGAAAAUGAAGUUAACCAGAGCUCGAACGCGAUGGACCAGACAAGAACCAGAGACCAAAGUCCAUCUACAAAGGAUGAGAGUGCAAUUCCAAAGGGGCAGAGCUCAUCAACAAGCGACCAGAGUCUAAUUCAAAAUUUUAGUACCGGAGUGCAAAGUUCAUCCACAAUGGAUCAAAGUCCAACUAUUAAAGUCCAGAGUUCAUCUACAAAAGUCCAGACUCCAAGAACUAGAGUGUCAAGUUUACCCACAAGAGACCAAAGCUUGUCCACAAGAGAUCGAAAUUCAUCAACUAGAGAUCAAAGUUCAUCAACUAGAGAUCAAAGUUCAUCAACUAGAGAUCAAAGUUCAUCAACAAGGGAUCAAAGUUCAAUUACCACAGAACAGAGUUCAGGAAAGGUAAAUCAUGCCAAAUUAAUAACCGAUGUAAAAAUCAAACAGGAGCCUAAAGAAAGAAUUGAACAAAGUAAGGGAGUGGGUAAUAGUCCUGACGUGUGCUCCCGUAAAUCUAGCUCUACAGUCAUUUCUAAAAGCUCAUGAGUUUUGAUUGUCUGUAGAGUUUUAGCUUUAAUCGAUUGCUAACCUAGGAUUUUGUUCUAUAGAAUUUACAAAGGUAUACAUCAUGAAGUAUAUCUGGCAUUUAUAAGCUUAACGUGAUUGAGUUAGAAUAAUUCCUGAUGUAGUCUUUAGUAAAAGUACAAUCCGCGCCAAAACUACUUGAUACCUUUUUAAAUUUGCCAAACGAAGUCAAAAAUUUGUAUCCGGCCGGCCAAGACCCUGUCAACAUACGAGCCACCUUCCCCCCCCCCCCCCCCCCCUCCGGUCCAAUGCUAAGAUUCCAAGUGGGCCAUGCUAGAGAGUGGACAUCCUGCCAUUGGACCAACAUUGGACCAGGGGGGAGGGGUGAUUAUAUCAGGGACAGAGCGGGUGUCUUGUAAUGCUAUUUGGUAUUCUAAUUGGUCCAAAAAUAGGUGUAGAGGUAUCAAGAGUUUUGGCGCGGUUUGUAGCUUUAUAGUCACAGGCUUUGUAAGCUUCAUUUUCGUGCUAUUUAUGAUUUUGUUGAUAAGGAAAGUAUACACGGGUAAACUGCAUAACGUAUAUCUUGUGUGUAUCAGCUCUGCUGCGUGUUGGUCUCUACUACAUUGUAUUAUACAAUGUAAAGGUCAACGAGCUGGUUAGACUUCUAUCUAUUAUUUUUUAUACAUCACAUACUAUAAUUAUUAUUACACAUAUCAUAGGCUCAUGAUUUUCGUAAUUUUAUAUAAUGAGAUAAAAGGGAAAUCACAGUAGCUGGUGAUUAAAAUCGAAAGAAAGGGCUUAAACACGACGUUCCGCUUUAAAGGGAAAGCUCCUCCCACCCCCGGGCUCAAGAACAAUCAGUUAUCAAUCAGCCGUCAGUGAGUCAACAUGUCAGGACAAUUGCUCUUAGCGCUAAAUUCAAAUUUCAUAUUCUAAACCAAAUUAAACACCAUUCCUAGACUUGUCCGCCUAAAAUGUUCCUGUUUAUAGUAAAAUAAUGCUAUACCAAGCUGUGCGUGCUCUAAAAGAGAGUAAGUACACAGCUGCUUUGUCUCCUUUUAUCUUUGUCCUACAAAGGAGUUCUUUUGUCUCCAUUCUUCUCGUUCUUUGUGUAGAGGUGCGGAUACUGCUCAUUUGCCCAAUCAAAUUGCAGCUUGUAAGAGCUGCGUACUGACCACUGAAAGACGAGCAUUUUCAUCACAGCGCGAUAAAAAUUUAUGCAAGCUUUAAAGUUUUGUACCGAAAACGUUAGUUGACAGUCGAAAGUUAUCAAUCUCUCACCACAACUGUCUUGUUACCUGAGCAAAAAAUGGUUUUAUUCCUACCAACUGAGGAUCAGUGAAUAAGCAAUUUUACAGGAGGCUUAUAAUUUUUAACUGCAAGUUUGAUAGUAUGCUGAUAAUAAUUGCAAAUUUGAGCCCGGGGGUGGGAGGAGCUUUCCCUCGUGUUUAACUACCCCUUUUGAUUAAAAAGUUGGCGGAAAAAAUGCACAUUGAAUCUUGAUCUAUUUCGUGUAUGUGUGAAAUAUUUUUCUUGCCACUUAACGAUAAUGACAAAAUUAAUAGUUUUAUAUACUUAAGUAAUAUAUGCAUUUACUAUAAGGGAAAAGGUAAUUUAUCUGUUUUUACUAGGCCUUAUUUGAUAAUUAUUUAAUCUGCAACUUGCUAUGUUUUAGUGCCAGUAUUCUCUUAGCAGCUUUACUGGAGAUUAAGCAUGGUUUAAUCAAGGGAUCGUGAAAUGUCCUAAUGUUGUAUAUAGGACUUUUGUAAAUAAUUACACCUUUCUAGUUAUUGGACUUAGUUAUGAGAUGUACAUAAAGUUACUUGUCGUUCUGACCAUUUUUUUAAGUCCAGAAUGAAAUAGUAACUUCAUAAAUUUUUUCUUGCUUCAUUUGCAAUAUUUAGUCGCCAACUCAUUUUCAAAGUUUCGAGAAAGUCAAAAUGUAUGUAAUGUUAAAGACUGGAUUGGCUAAGUUUAAGUACAAAUCCGUUUUAUAUGUUAUCAAAGUAUAAAGUAUGGAGGAAAUAUUUUGCAUUAUCGUUUUUGGACAUGCUUUGUUGGAGGUCAGGUAAGAAUUUUCAUGCUGUGUUGCUGGUAAUCUAGUAUAUCUAAUCUAGAAGUAUAUCAAAAACAACUUCCGGUUUUUAUUUAUGGGAUCAAAAUACGAGAAAGCAACGAAUCUCGAGGGAUGUCGAUUUUUUAAAAUGACUUCUUCAAAAGCUAAAGAAUUAGCAAUCAAAUAACGAGUGUUUGGCAUGCCUUGUUCUAGCAGUGGCGUGAUCAGUCUUUUUGAGCUAACCCCAGCACUCUUGGUCUGGUACCAAUUCUCCCCACCUUACCAAACAAGCAGACAUGAUUGGACCGAUAAAUCGUUAAUUAUUCAUGAAUUUGAGAAGCUGGAUUCAUAAUAAAAUUCCUAGACCGUUUUCACGAUGUUGCGCGCGCAUCCAAAAUGACAGACUUGCCGGCCUCAGCUGACCCAAAUACGAGCGAAGGGGAAUUUGACCCUAGUGCAAAUUUGACUAUAGCACUCUCUGACAGCAUUUACUAUAGCUACUAUAGCUUCCAUUCUGUGACAUUUUUUAUGCGCGCGCAACAACAUGAAACGGUCAUGAAAACAUAAAAACGGUUUUCCCGUCUUUCUGGUGUGUUGGCUGGCAUUGGAAAUGGCCGCUAAGACAAAGCAUUAUGGGUAGGCUAAGGUGUUUCUCGUGUAGGCAGCGUUAGCACACAAACCUGUGUUGACAGCGCAAAUAUUGCUGUCAAGAUGCAGCCCCAGCAACGCUUGCGCUGUUCGUGCACAAUAUUGAGGUGCAGUGAGGCAGUUCGCCAAUAGUCCUUUAUCUUGUGGGCAGCCGGGCGGUCACAGCAAUGCUGGAUUGAAGGCCGUUCCUAGGAAAAUGCCGCGUGCUCGUAAAUUGUUUUCCCGCCAAUUUAUUUUCCCGCGUCAAAUUGUGAGGUUCCCGGAUGAUCGUGCGCGUGCCUAACAACCAGACUCGCGACGAGAUAUGUCCCUAGCAUUGUUGAAUCACUCGUGUAGCCACAAGACGAGGGAAGUCAGCAUCAUGAAACACACAGCCCAUCAAUGUGUGCACAUUAUUGAUAAUUCUAACAAUGAUGUAUGUUUUCCAAACAAUUUCGCUGUUUACACGAACAUUUGGUCAAGCCUUUCAACUCUUACAUUAUUAAAAAAUAUUUGUACCAUUUUAUACAAUAAAGUGUAUUAAUGGAAUAUUUUAUAACAUUAAAGACAAGACUUGAAAUAAA